AAGACUUUAUUAACUGUAGUUACUGAGAAAUCACAAGGCAAAGCUAAAAUCCCUCUUCAGAUCCACCAUCAACUGCCCUGAACACAUCCUGCAAAAAGUCCGGAGGAAGGAGAGCCAUGCAUGACUACAGAAAAUAUGCAGCUGUCAUUCUGACCACAUUGUCUGUGUUUCUGCAUAUUCUCCACUCCUUUCCUGAUGGAGAGUUUACAAUGCAGGGUUGCCCAGAAUGCAAGCUAAAGGAAAACAAAUACUUCUCCAAGUUGGGUGCCCCAAUUUAUCAGUGCAUGGGCUGCUGCUUCUCCAGAGCGUACCCCACUCCAGCAAGGUCCAAGAAGACAAUGUUGGUCCCAAAGAACAUCACCUCAGAAGCCACAUGCUGUGUGGCCAAAGCAUUUACCAAGGCCACAGUGAUGGGAAACACCAAAGUGGAGAACCACACGGAUUGCCACUGCAGUACUUGCUAUUAUCACAAAUCUUAAAUCUUUUGCAAAGAGCAUGUUGAUGACCUCUGAUUUCCU